CUUCUCCAUCGUGCGUCCUAUCCAGAAGGCAGUGCGGUGGUAAGAUGGCGCUGGGAUCUGUGGGUUUCAGAGGUUGUGCCGGGGUUUGUCAGCUGUUCCUCAUCACUACAGCCCUGACAACUGGAGUCUUUGGUGAUGAAUUCAGCAUAUUGAGGGCAUCACAGUCUGUCCACUUCCAAAAUGCAGGGCCUCUGCCUGGAGGCCGUAUUCCAGAUGUUGUGUCUUUGUCAAUGGGGUUUUCAGUUGAGGAGGAUCUUCCAUGGCCUGGACUUGCUAUUGGCAGUUUGUUUCACCGACCACGUGCCAACUUUCUGGUAAUUGUGAGGGGAAUAGAACAGCUGGUUCUUCCUAAGAGUGGAAUUUCAUACAUUGUUGAAAAUCCUGUCCCUUUCACUUUGGACAGUGUUUCAAAUUCUAUCCACUCAAUGUUCUCUGAAGAAACACCAGUGAUUCUACAGCUGACCCCCAGUGAAGAGAGACUAUACAUGGUCGGGAAGGCAAACAGCAUUUUUGAAGAUCUUCCUGUGACAUUACGACAGAUGAGAAACCGUUUGUACCAGGAUAACUCUGUUUUGAGCUUGCUUCCUUCUAAUUCUCUGAAUAAAAAUAACGAGGUUGAUCUUCUGUUCCUUUCAGAACUACAAGUUCUUCAUGAUAUUUCUGCGUUGCUAUCUGUUCACAAACAUUUGGCAAAAGACCGUUCACCUGACCUUUAUUCACUGGAGCUGGCAGGUCUGGAAGAGAUCAUAAAACAUUAUGGGCAGGACUCCCAGCAGUUUCGUGAUGCUGCAAAAAUCCUGGCUUCAGUUAUCCAGAAGUUUGCAGAUGAUGUAUUUUCCAUUUAUAAUGAAAAUGCUUUGAUUGAGUUACUGACUGUGAAGAUGUUUGAAGCUCCUCUGAUAAGAAAAACUCGCUCUAUCCUAGAGUCUCCAUCCAUAAGCAACCCAGGCAGUCCCUAUGGUUUGGCCUACCAAUAUAACUAUAACUAUGCUGUUGUGUUCAAUAUUGUCCUCUGGUUGAUGAUAGGCCUUGCUUUAUCUGUGAUCGUCAUUGCCUACAACCUGUGGAACAUGGAUCCUGGUUAUGACAGUAUUAUCUAUAGAAUGACUAGUCAGCGAAUUAAAAUGGAAUAAGCUGUUUGCUUCGCAAAGUCCAAAAAGCCCAAUGAGUGAAAAUGUAAAUUUCUAAAAUUCUGGAAAAAUUUGUAGCGCCAACACAAUUAGGUUGUUCUUUCUUGGAGAGUAUUCCUUCACACUGAGUAAUGUGGUGGAUUUCUUUUUUUAACAAUUGCAAUAUGUAAAAUACUUGUACCUUGUUAAAAUAUCAUUUGAUUAUCAUGGUGUCUGUCAUUUGCAGUUCUAAUUGAUGAAAUCACAUGGUCAUGAAUGAUUUUCAUUGUUUUUGCAUUGUGAUAAUUUAAGUAAAAUACUGGGAUGGAAGUUGGGAGUAGUGGGAAGGAGGGAGAAAGAAAAAGAUAUGCAAGGGUAGGGAGUAAAAUUAAGAAAGAUUAGAUUAUGGAUGCCUUCACUGAACCAGAAUUACUGCAGAAGAUGGUUGAAGUUGAUUACACCUGAUGUUCAGUGUAACCAAGAAAAAUUAGUUGCACGGAAUUUCAGCUAAAUGUAUUCAGAACAUUGAAAUUCAGCAUACUAAACCUGAUUUAAGAAUUGGCAUGUAACCCAUAUGAUUCUGCAAUUUUCAUAGAUUUUAUCAUAAUUUAGUUCAGUAUCUUCUCAACUUCAUUUAAUGAGCUGGUCCAAUUUUACCUUUAUAGUUAGUUACUCUGUUCAAAUACACUUUAUUCUGUAGUUGUGAGCCAAGAGAUUAACUUCUGCUUCAUCAUUAAAUGGGAUAAAAGUCUUUAAUUUCCAUCAUCUCAAAUUUGCAAUCAAAUUUGUGUGCAAAUAUUGUCUGUGUUUUUCUGCCUUUGUAAAUAGCCAUUGCAUUCUAUUUGAUUUGGUUUGUCACUUUCACUGUAAUGGAUACAUUUGCCAGUUAUGGCCAGGAAUGCACUGCAAAACUUUAUUUUCGUAGCUUGUGAAUGUGUAAACUAUGAUACCAGAGUCCUGAAUGGUGGUCAAUUAUUUUUGUGUGGUCCAACUGCAAUUGUUAGCAUUUUGUAUUCCAAUGAUUAAAAGCUGUUAUGUACAAGUGAUUGAUCCUGCUAUUUAUGAAUGCCUGUUAUGCAAUGUUAAUAAAGAAUUUUCUGUGUGAACUUGA